AAAUGAUGUCUAGAGGUCACUGUGGCUGGAUGGGGCCUUAGGAAUAGGCUCAACCCAUUUUAUAGAUGGAGAAAGUAAGAUCAGGACAGGAAAUGAAUUUCUCAUAGUCACCUAGUGAACUAGUGGCUGAGCUUGCAAGACAACCAGGCUUCCAGACUCCCAACCUAGAGCUUCUUCUAUGUCUCAGAAAGGCAGUGAAUUUCCCUCAGCGUUCAUCAAAGUGCACAUACAUUCACAUUCAUGGACACACAGGUGCACACUAGCUUUGGUGGGUAGGACUCUCCUGCACACGUCUGGACUCUUACAGUGCUUAGCACCCAGGCUCAGUGAGCCCCGGGCUCUCAGAAGACACCGUGUGAGUAAAGGUGACUUUCCAGGUGUCCAGAAGUCCCUGGGACCUUUUCAGGCCUCCAGGUUUGGGGGCUGUCACUGCUGCUGGUGCAAGUCCAGGGUUUAUGAGAAGGAUAGUGUUUUCUCUGUCCCUUCAUCCCACUGCCAUGCCCAGGAAGAGGGCUUCAAACUAUGUUUCCUGGGCUCUCUUAGCUCUUCAGUCCCUUCUGCCAGCUGUAACCCUGUCCCAGGAGGCUGGACCUGGCGAGGGUCAGUAGUAUGUUCACUGUUUCACAAAGCUGGACCCUAGCAAUUACUGGGACAGGGCUUUGUGUACCUUCCCUAACCACUGAGCCUGUCCACUCAAGAUGGAAGCCUGGAAUUCCGACAGUGGAAAAACAGUGAGCGCCUACCUCCCAUCUCUCAGAAGAUGCCUGGAGUUCUUAAUACAAGCCUGCCCUCCACACCUGCACAACUGCCCAGGGUCCUGCCAGCAGCACAGACGUGCUGUUUGAUUUCACACAAGUGUGUAUGAAUGAACACACACACACACACACACACACACACACACACUCCUUACUUUGCUCUGCAGCUCCUGCAUGAACACCUUCAAGGCCAGAAAAUCACUGCCUCCUCAUGCAACUGCUUUCAUCCUUGGAUAAUCUCAGUCGUGAAUGUGUUCCUGUCCAUACUGAGCCAAAAUUCACCUCUCACUAUCACUUCCCCCUUUUAACUCAGAAGGGGUUUAGGAACGCAAGCAGUCAAUAAACAACUACAGAAGGACGGCAAACCUGCAGCCCUCUUAGGAUUUCUCCUGGCACUGAGAGUCUGCAGGGGUCUGUGGCUGGCUGUCCAGCUGUGGUCAGCCUGACUUGCACAGGAAGGGAUAUAAGUUUUAACCUCUGAUCCCAGUGGUCGUUCCAGAGCAGCCUACUGGGAACCUAGGGCCUGGUGGAUGCCCUUGGGGUCCUAAAGGUGCCAAACCGUAACCUUGGCUGGAUUUUGGCCCCAACGGGGAUCUGUCCAUGGGAAGAGUUCAGGGUCAUUUUGUAAUCUUUAGAGACCUUGCCUAGACUGUCUCCUGCUGUCCUGUGACGCUGGUGACAUUCCAGGAAUGCUCAGGCCACGUGAGGGGAGGAACCUCUGCCUGGAACUUUGAUCAGCACCAGGGCUGCUGGGUUCGUGCUGACCACUGACCAACCCAGAGGCCCUUCUGCUCCAGAGGAAGAGCCAGGGCAGCUGGUCCCCACCUGUCAGCCCCUCACGGAGAUGCCACCCGGAGCCUGGCUGCACUGGGCCUGCCUCCUGCUCCUGGCCAGGCCCACCCUGCCCUGCCCCCAGGGCUGUGACUGCUUCAUCCGGGAGGUGUUCUGCUCGGACGAGGGGCUCGCCUCCGUCCCACUGGACAUCCCACCACAUGCCACAGACAUCAUCUUCGUGGAGACCUCGUUCACUGUGGUGGGCACCAGGGCCUUCAGCGGCAGCCCCAACCUGACCAAGGUGGUCUUCCUCAACACCCAGGUGUGCCACUUCAGGCCGGAUGCCUUCGGGGGCCUGCCUGGGCUCCAGGACCUGGAGAUCACCGGGGGCAACUUCUCCAACCUCAGCGCCGACAUCUUCUCCAACCUGAUCUCGCUGGGCAAGUUCACCCUCAACUUCAACAUGCUGGAGGCUCUGCCCGAGGGCCUCUUCCAGCACAUGGAUCGCCUGGAGUCCCUCCAGCUGCAGGGCAACUCGCUCCAGACCCUGCCCCAGAGGCUUUUCCAGCCUCUGAGACAUCUGAAGACCCUCAACCUAGCACAGAACCUCCUGGCCUAUCUGCCCGAGGAGCUCUUCCACCCCCUCGGCCGCCUGCAGACCCUGAGGCUGAGCAACAACCAGCUGGCAAGUCUGCCCCGGGGGCUCUUCAGCCGUCUGGGCAGCCUGCAGGAACUCUUCCUAGACGGAAACUCCAUCUCCGAGCUGCCCCCAGAAGUGUUCGCGCAGCUCUCCUGCCUGGAGAAGCUGUGGCUGCAGCGCAAUGCCAUCGGUCACCUGCCUGGGUCUGUCUUCUCCGCCCUGCCCAACCUGACCUUCCUGAGCCUGCAGGGCAACGCGCUGCAGAUGCUGCCUGCCGGCCUCUUUGCCCAGUCCCCCAGCCUGGUCAGCCUGUCCCUGUCCCACAAUCAGCUGGAGACAGUCCCCGAGGCAGCUUUUGCCAACCUGACCAGCCUCGGGUCCCUCACGCUCUCACACAAUGCCCUCACCCAUCUGCCGGCCGGUGUGUUCAGAGGCCUCAAGGGGCUGGUCAAGCUCUAUCUGAGCAGCAACAACCUGACGGUCCUGCACCCCGCCCUCUUCCAGAACCUGUCCAACCUCGAGCUGCUCAGCCUCUCUAGGAAUCUCCUGACCACGCUCCCCGAUGGCAUCUUCGACACCAACUACAACCUGUUCAACUUGGCCCUGUAUGGGAACCCCUGGCAGUGUGACUGCCACCUGGCCUAUCUCUUUAGCUGGCUGCAUCAGUACAGCGACCGGCUCUUCAACAUCCAGACCUACUGUGCCGGCCCUGCCUACCUCAAGGGCCAGGUGGUGCCCGCGCUGAAGGAAGAACAGUUGGUGUGCCCCAUCACCCGGGACCACCUGGGCUUCCAGGCCCCGGGGCCGGAGGACAGGGAGCUGGGGGGCGCCUGGGAUCUGGUCGCGGAGGAAAGGUCAGCCAGGAGCCGGUGCACCUACAGCAAUCCCGAGGGAACCGUGGUGCUGGCUUGUGACGAGGCCCGGUGUCGCUGGCUGAACGUCCAGCUGUCCCCCAGGCAGAGCUCGGGCUCCCCGGGACUCCCCAUCAAUGCCAGUCAGGAGUGGGACUUGAAGUCCAGCUGUGGCUCUGUGAGGGUCACUGUGUCCAUUGAGGCUCUGGCAGGGGAGCCGUAGGUGCAGAGCAGACGGACCAGGACCCUAGGCAGAUGGCUUCCGGGCCCAACUGGGCAAGAGAUGGUGAUGGGAGCUGAGGCUUGGGUUCUUCAGAUGCUAGGGGUGGAUUUGCAUCUCCAAGGUGGAGGAGAGGGGCGUGGCCGUCUCUGCCACCCAGAGCCUCCUUCAUCACCCUGGUCUCUGAGAAUGAUACCUAACAGGAAUUUCUGCAAGCUUUGCAAAGCACCUAUCAAAGCUGCGUUGUGGUCUGAAGAAUAAAGUAAUGCGUCUCUCCUGG